UCAAAGCAAUAUGGCGGAUUGGCACAAUAACUUGUAUUUCAGAGAGUAUUAUUUUGAUUCGAAUGAAAAGAUUGUGAAUAGUGCAUACAAAGUUACUAUUAACACCGAUAAUUAUAAGAAAAUAGUAUCUCAUUCGCGUAUAUAACAAUAGCGUGUAUUUUCUAUUACUUAUUAAAGUGUUUAUUUGUUAAAUAUAUCGUAUCUUUCGGUUUAUGUGCUCCAAAAUUUAUUUCAUUAAUGGACACGAAGAUGACCUUAAUUACUAGGAUAUAUUAGCAUUGUCUUGCAUUUAUUUUAAUUUUUCAUCAUUAUUUUUUUAUGUUCAAACAUGUCGUCAACACAAAAUAAAAUGCGAGGUCCCGGAAGACCACCUAAGUCCAAAAAUUCUUGUACGUGGUGUGGAGAGACCAAACAACCAUUAAAAUAUGUUCUUCCCACUCAACAUGGGAAAAAAGAAUUCUGUUCAGAAACUUGUCUAUCAGAAUUUCGCAAAGCUUAUGUACGCGGUGCUUGCGUACAAUGUGAUAAUGUUAUCAGAGGUACAUCAGUCAAAUUAGAACAGAAAGAUGGUCCUACUAAAGAUUUCUGUUCAUCUUUCUGCCUUAAUAGACAUCAAAAGAAGGAAGCUCAAGUUGAAAUGAAAAAAAGUAAUAAGGAUCAAUCAUCGCCUGCACCUUCUCCCCUUCCAUCUAACUUAUCAAAUAAUAACAAUGUAGCAUCCGCGACGCAAGUUUACACUCAUACAAAUAAUCAUACCAAUGCAUCCCAUCCGCCAUCUACUUCGACUGGUCCAUUUCAAUAUGAAACAUAUCAAACUUUUGAUUGGGACCUUUAUUUGAAAGAAACUAAUAGUUCUGCGGCACCUAUUGAAUGCUUUAAACAGCACGAAGUACCGCCAACGAAUGAAUUUAAAAUGGGUAUGAAAUUAGAGGCCUUAGAUCCUCGUAAUUUAACAUCGACUUGUAUUGCAACGGUAGUUGGUGUCCUUGGUCCUCGAUUAAGACUACGACUUGAUGGAUCUGAUAACAAAAAUGACUUUUGGCGUUUAGUUGAUAGUAACGAAAUUCAUCCAAUUGGACACUGUGAAAAAUCAGGUGGUAUGCUUCAACCCCCUCUGGGCUUCCGUAUGAAUGCUUCCAGUUGGCCAAUGUUUUUAUUAAAAACAUUAAAUGGAGCUGAAAUGGCACCUGCUAAAGUAUUUAAACGUGAACCAAAGACACCUCGUUCUAAUAUGUUUGAAGUUGGACAUAAAUUGGAAGCUAUAGAUAAAAAAAAUCCACAACUAAUAUGUACUGCUACUGUUGGUGCUGUGAAAGAUGAUAUGAUUCACAUAACCUUUGAUGGCUGGCGUGGAGCCUUUGAUUAUUGGUGUCGCUUUGAUUCUAGAGAUAUCUUUCCUGCAGGAUGGUGUUUUAAAAGUGGACAUCCACUACAACCACCGAGACAAAAAUCAACAGGUCCUAACAGAUUUAAAUCAAGAACAAGUAAUGUUUUGCCAGUAAUGGCAGUGUCUGGUGGUGGUGCUAACGGAGAACCAGCAGUUGCACUGGUAAGUCCAGCUGGUUCAAGUCCACCUCCACAACCAGCUACAGAACCAGACACUAGUACAGCUAAUACUAAACCGGAUCCUCUUGGCAAUGUUACUAUUUAUGUAAAUCACAAUUGUACGUGUGGUCCUUAUUUUGACCCCCGUAAGGUAAAAGCUAUGCCAGCACAAUUUGGUACAGGUCCUAUAUUAAGUGUCACAAGAGAUAUUUUCCAAGCAUUUCUCAUGGCAGCGAUGAGUCCAAGACAAAUGUUAAGUUUGUUGAAACGUGGCGAAGGAGAAAAUAUCAAUUUAAUUCUAGAAAGUAAACCUACUUCUGUUAGGUUACCUAUAUUUAUGGAAGAUGAGGAUUUUUAUGUUUAUAUCAGGCGACAACUCGAAGAUCUUUGUGCGUGCGAGCACAUGCUAUCCAGAAGAAAAGAACCCUGUAAUAAGUGUCCGAAUUCUCAACAGCAGCCACAAUCUACUAAUUGUGAAGAAACGACUAAUAACAACAAUGAUGAAAAACGAAGAUGGUCGUCUGUAAAUCAAGAAAAUCUUUCAUCGUCUACGCAGCAACAAGCACAACAAUCUGUGCAAAGUAUAAAUAACACAACUCUUACAUGUCCUAUACCAGCAAAACAAUCACGCAAAUCGCUUCCAGAAUUGGAAGCUGCAACAUCAACUACUCAAUCAGAAAAUGCAGCGAAUCGUACGCUCUCUACAGAACCGGCUGAAUGGACCAUAGAAGAUGUUAUACAUUAUAUUGCCCUAACAGAUCCUGCAUUGGGGCAGUAUGCGGAUUUGUUUAGGAAACAUGAAAUUGAUGGAAAGGCAUUACUUCUUCUGAAUUCUGAUAUGAUGAUGAAAUAUAUGGGGCUAAAACUUGGACCUGCACUUAAGAUCUGUAAUUUGGUAAAUCGUAUUAGAGGUAGAAGACACAUAAUGCUAUGACUUUCUCGGAUAUAAAACUAUAUAUACAUUGAGGCAAAUUGCAUUUGAAGUGGUUGCUCAAAUUUGUUUUCAUUAAUGAAAACAUAAUAAUGUGAAUAUAUGAAUGAAUGUAAUAUUAUUAUGUCAAUAUAUUAUCUUUUAUUGAUAUUUUUAGGAUUGAUUUAAGUAGAAGACAAUUUAGAAUUUACUUUGAUAAAGUGAGUAUUUGUAUCCAUGAAAAAAGCACACACAUUUGUAUUAAUUGAUUAUAAUGCAGACAUUAUUAAUUCAUUUUAAUAUCUCAUUUUAAUGAGAAAGAAUCAAUUGAUACGAGAAUAUAACCAUGUAGAUAAAUAAUAUAUAUAGACAAAAUGCUUUCUCAGUUAAUUAUAGAAUUGUUUAAUUACUU